GUGGAAAUAAAUGUUAAUGGUUAGACACACACGAUUCAGUCAGUCUGUCAGCGUUUUAUACGAUUAUCUAACCGGCCAUUCUCAGUGCAUGGCUGUAUGCCGAAGCAUAGGCCGAAGUAAGCGAACGUUCAUCGUCUGACGAGUCUAUAAACAUAGUUUCUUUUUAACAAACGAGAACUUUCCUGACACAAUUUGUUUCAUUUGACAAAUGUAUACCAAGAGGUUUACCCUCAUUACUAUUGUCUAAAAACUUAACUGUUAUUGACAUAAUUCGGAUUAUCGAAUGUUCACAACUUAUCAAGUCAUGGCUGUGCGUUACACAUGAGAGUGUCCCAAAAAAGUCCCCCUUUAGAAAUCACUCCAUGACUUGUGCGUUAUUAUACCUUUGGUACAUUACAACUUCCCUCCGUCCAAAUAAUUUAACACUUCGGUUACACUUUGUGUUAAGGUAUAAGUUGUUACGACACAUACUGUAUUUUUAUUACUCGUUGCUCUGUAGUCAGUUGAACCAUUCUUACUCGAAAUGACAGUAAGACGAAUUGGUAAUUUGAAAUUUUUGUGUUGGGAAUUUAAAAUAGCUUCUAUAAAGGCCUGAUUCCACGGGCGCUUUUUCUCGGCGAAAUGCGAAAUAUUUCGCCUGUAGUCUUUUGAAUUGUGGGCAAUCAAGUAGAAAUAAUUUAUUCGAGUGGUCGCAAUUCAAAAGAAACAGGCGAAAUAUUUCGCAUUUCGCCGAGAAAAAGCGCCCGUGGAAUCAGGCCUUAAAACGAAGAGCAGAGGUAUCACAACGCACGUUUAACAACAAAAGAGUGAUUUCUAUAGGGGGACUUUUUUGGGGGAUGUACACCUUGUGUAUUCAUUCCAAAACAACUUAAUCAUGCAUGGUUAAGAUAUCCAGAACAGCGUUUUAGGCUUGGAAACCAUUAUGCCCUUGUAUGUAGAAGGCCGGUUUUGUAGUUGGAAAUUUCGAACGUGAAUUUUGUACAAUUAUAAGACCCGACCAGGAGCAGUUGCAAAAUAUGCAAAUAUAGCAGUAUAGGCCCUCUGGCAGGAAUAGAACCUGCGACCAUGCCGUACCGGUGCAGUGCUCCAACCAAUUGAGCUACAGUGACACCGGCCUACACUGGCUACAGACCAGUUUUCGAGCUCUCACCGCAAGUUCAUGUAUACAGGGUGCGAUAAUUCGCGUACUUACGUUCCAGAGGUACGUCAAUAUUACGGUCUAGUACUUUUGUCUUUUCAACCAGGUAUAGGUACGCGGAACUCUUAUUAUCUGCGUACUUAACUUUUUGCUUGUACCAUUUGACUUUUCCAAGCCCAAGUUAUUCAAAACCAUAAUUCAGUCGGAAUAGAAGCAUGACUAGGCAUUAAACAUAAUUGUAGUAUUUGUGUAUCUAACUACUACUUUCAGGUUAGUGAAUGAAUACCUUUAAAAACCUGUACAUUAUGCAUGUGCUUCAUUCUAAAGACUAAGUACAUCUUGGGUCUUACGUUUGUACCAGCUCAAGUACGCGGCAAUAACCAUUGGAGUACCAAUCAGGUAAUACUAAAAAUUUUGAAUUAUCGCACCCUGAAAAUGUCCAUCGAGUGUAGAUGCCCAAAAUCCUGAUAUUUACCAUUAUGCCCUAUUUUUGUUGAAGAAACAAAUGUAACAAAUUACCGCAAGUAUUGUUACAUAGAAAUGAACAAACACGUAUGUAAUUCUAGAUUCCCCUUAUUACGUUUUCGUAGCGCUUUGCAUUGUGGUUAUAGUGGUAUCACUGAUAAAGAUAGCGGCCUCGAAUGAAAAUAUUGAAUGUUUUCGCGAAUAUUUUGCUGUUGGCUAUCGCGCACCUGACCCUAGCUUUUUCUAAAAGUUCUUGCACGGGUCGGGACAAAAAGUAAGCCAUCUUGAAGUAUCUUGAACAUCUGCAGUGAUACCACUAUAACCACAAUGCAAAGCGCUACGAAAACGUAAUAAGGGGAAUCGCGAAUUUAAAUUGAAAAAUAUAUUAUUGUAAAGUUUAUAUUAUCGAAAUCAUCUUAAAAAGCCUACAAAGAUAGCUCCGAUAAGUUUCGAUUCUCUUUGGAUGCUGCAUAUGCCACUGUACAGGAUGCCACGUAAUUACCCUUGAGAGUCUCCGCACCACGAAAUGCAACUUUUUAGUAUUGUAGUUGUUUGUAUAAUGGUAAAUUUACAGUACAAUUUUUAAAAGUCGCUUUUCACGUUGUUUGAACAGGGGAUUCAAGGUUUCCGACGCCAUAAUGAAACACAAUACAGGGUGAGUAAAAAAAACUGAUACCUUCGCGGCUAAUUUGAAUAACAAAGGUGUCAGUUUCUUUUUACUCACCCUGACGUGCGACAGACGUGUGCUUUUCGCUCCGCUAUAUUUUUAUAUAUUUUGAAUAAAAUCUUAGUUUUUAAUCAACUAUGAAUUAUCUUAACGGUCUAUCUUACGACAGUGGAACAUAUGUAUGGCUUAAAACCUUUGAGGAAUUAGAAAGGUUUGUUCUAGAAGCACUAAACUUGAAAGGCAAAUGGAAAUCCCCUGGAGGCGACGUUAAAGUUUUCAAAAGCGAAGGAGAAGGGGAAUAUAUGAUUAAAUGGCGUGGUCCUCGUUCGAAAAAGCUGGUUAUACAGAGUGAUGAUGCUGAAGAGAAUCUAAAGUUGAAGCUCGAAAGCUUGAUAAAUCGGGACCCGAAAGAUGUAAAUCCCUCAUGCGAAGCAUCAACGAAAGAGGUUUGUAGUAGUGUUAAUGAGCUGACUGAACCAUCUGUAUCGCAGUUUGAUGGCUUGAAAGCAGAUAUUGCUACCCUAGUGGACAUUACGAGUGAUCUAAUAACUGAAAUUAACUCUAUGCGAUCUAAACAAAAAGACUUUGAGUCUGUUAUUCGCAAGCAAGACAGCGAGAUAUGUAGACUUAGCGAAGCAAAUUUGCUCCUUGCGUCAAGCUUGCGGUCUCUUGGGAAUUCAACAUUCAAAGUAAUGAAUAUCAAUCCUAUGACCAACAGUCCCACUAAUAGUAUGAGAAAUACCACCUUUAAUGACCCUACAACUACUGAUAAGGAUCCGCUAAUUGACCCUAACAUAUACACCUCCCAUACCAUUGGACCAACUUUAUUUAAUGAAUUUAAUAUCUACGACGAGUUUAGGAAUAUAGCAAGUGACCGGCCUAGCGUUCUAAACUCCGACUUAAAUCAGUCAACUGAAGACAUUAUAAAUAUAUCCCAUAAUGAAACUGAUAUACAUAAUGAGUCAGUUCUUAUUGUUAAAGAUCAACCUAGCGUCUCGAAUACCGAUCUCGUAAAAAACUGCACACUAACUGAAGCUACUAAUCUAAAUAAAGCCAGUAAAACUAAGUCAACAACGGGUAAAUUUAAUACCAGCACAUCUCGAUUAGGUAAUGGACGUUUUAACCGAAUGACACCUAAACGCCCAAAACAUUUAACCCCGUGUCCAUUCCUGAGGAAAAGAAAAUUCUGUAAAAAAGGCAAUAAUUGUGACUUCCUACAUCAGAAACCUCAAUUUUAUAAUAACAUCCAACGACCCUCCUAUAAGAUAAUGGACAAAGCUGCCUCCUCACCCAGUUUUCAUUACUCCCCUUUUCCUGUGAAUCCCUAUUAUUUCCCUCCAUUUCGAUCCCCAAUAUACCACCCCACAUCCCAACCUUUUCCAUACCCUCCUUCAUUGAGGUCAGUACAAACAACAGGAUAUUGAGUACUGAUAGACAUCCGCGUAAUGGUCGUUGUCACCGUGCUCGUACUCACAACCCUUCAAACUGUGUCUACGUGUCUGUACAUAGAACUAACUUAAAUUCAGAUUCUCAUACAAAAUUCCUACGUUUCGCCAAUGUUAAUGCGAGAUCUCUUAAAAACAAAACAGCCGAAAUCGUUGAUCAUGUUUUGAGCAACAAUAUUGAUGUGUGUAUUGUGACUGAGACCUGGUUAAAAGACGUUGACACUGUUAGCAUAGCCGCGCUUUCUCCCCCUGGUUACUCUUUUAAAAACCUUCCUAGACAAUCUAACAGAAUGGGUGGAGGCACUGGCAUUAUGUUUAAUACCAAUUUUAAAGUUACUUUAAUUGACGGAGGUGAAAAACGAUCUUUUGAAUACUCUGAAUGGAACUUGGCUUUACUCAACCGUACGAUUAAAACAUUAGCAGUCUAUCGUCCACCUUAUUCACAAACUCACCCUGUUUCUUCAAGCGUUUUCUUCGAAGAAUUCUCCAACUUACUGGAGAGCAUUGUUAUGUGCACAGAAGUAUUAGUAAUCUCCGGUGACUUUAAUUUCCAUCUCGAUGAUCCGUCUGAUACUGACGCGAAAACAUUUACUGAUUUAUUGGAAACUUUUGGCUUAUUACAACAUGUUACUGUACCAACUCACUCGUCUGGGCAUACCCUGGAUCUUCUAAUUUCGAGAUCAUCCAAUGACAUUAAUAUUCACCUAGUCAAGACUACUUUCUUUUUGUCAGAUCAUUGUUUUGUUGAAUGCAACCUCUCUUUUCCUCGCCCGAAUCUUGUGACAAAGGAAAUUCAGUUUCGUAAGACAAAUCAUUUGAAUCUUCAGGCCUUCAAAGCUG